CUUUCCCUAAGCCUCACUUCAACCUUAGUCCUAAACCUGAAAAGGCUACAGCCGGAUGGAGUCUUAGAUCACAGGAAACUUCCUAACUGAGAAGCCAAGAAGACUUUGUGAAAGUUGCCUCUUAAAUUUCGUGGAGACUCAGGUAUAAAAAUAUCCUUACUGCCACCGACCUGAAGCAGGAGAAACCACUGACAGCUUCGAGACCAGACCCGCCAUGUGCACCACCAGUGCCUGCGAUUUGGAGGAGAUCCCCCUGGAUGACGAGGACCCAAACAGUAUAGAAUUCAAAAUCCUGGAGUUCUAUGUCAAACGCCAUGUCUUCAAGAACAGCUCUGCUGUCUGCUCACCAAAGCUGCUGAGAACAAGAAGUCUAUCCCAGAGAGGACUGGGGAUUUGGUCAGCAAAUGAGUCAUGGACACAGGUGUCCUGGCCUUGCAGAAAUUCUCAAUCCAGUGAGAAGCCCAUAAACCUUGCCAAGAAAAAGUCUUCUUGGAGAAUACUCUUUGGAGGAGGAGGGAAAGAGGAAGCCUCAGAGAGCUCGCCUACAGUGAUCCAAGUCGAGAGCCAAAGUAUCCUGGAGGGUCAGGAUGGUCGGCCGAGUCAGCAAUCGUCCAUGUCUCCUUCUAACGUGCAACAGCACUUAGAGCCCGAAGCUGUGGACCCCAAGGUUGUUUCCAUUGCCAACCGAGUUGCUGAAAUUGUUUAUUCCUGGCCACCGCCAGAAGAGCACCCCCACGGACGAAGCUUCAGGUCUGAAAGGAGGUUUGUACUACAGGGUCUUCACGUGCAGGCCCAGGGCUUCCAGACUCAAGCGGCAAGUGCUAAGAAAGAUGAAGACCAAAUGAUAGCGAAAAUCGUUGAGCUGCUGAAAUACUCAGGGGAUCAAUUGGAAAGAGAGCUGAAGAAAGACAAAGCUUUGAUGAACAGCUUCCAGGAUGGGCUAACCUAUGGUGUUUUCAAGACCAUCACAGACCAGUUCCUAAGGGGUGUAGACACCAGGGGAGAAUCAGAGGUCAAAGCUCAGGGCUUUAAGGUUGCUCUUGCAAUAGACGCCACGGCCAAGCUCACCGCCAUUGACAACCACCCCAUGAACAAGGUGCUAGGCUUUGGAACCAAGUAUCUGAAAGAGAACUUUUCGCCCUGGAUCCAGCAGCAUGGCGGAUGGGAAAAAGUGCUUGGGAUGUCACAUGAAGAAAUAGACUGAAACAUCAGAAGAUGUGUAAUCUGGAAUACGCAUUGGCUAAUCGUGGCCCUGUGUGCCUCGGUCUCAGCAUAGACCCUAGGAGAAAAUAAAAAUGUAUAAGGCAGAUGGAGCAUUGAAGUUUUCAAAGCCAUUAUUCCUGUGAAUCAAGAGACAUCAGGAGAGGCCUCGUUCUUCUCGAGCUCAUAGACUGCAGUAGCAUCGCCUGACAUCCAUGUUUUUCAGGCCCUCCACUGACUGAGUGUGUGAGGAUGUCUAGAAAGACAAGCGGUAAUUUUUCUUUCAAAAUUCAGAACAGAAACCAUCAUCCUGCCUCUGUUGGCCACCGUAAGGAAAGUAUGUUACAGAUAAUCGCAAACCUCAUAAGGACGAAAUGAUAAAUUGUGCAUGUGCCUAUUCUUUGGUUUCUAGUACUAUUUAUUUUUUAAACUACACAUGGGAUGGCCUACUAAUGACAUUGUUUCAAGCCUACCUUUAGGAAGAUAUUUCUGUUCAUGUUGGUAGACAUAGCUCAAAGAGACUCUUGAGUUUACUGCUAUGUCUACUAGUUUGGGGAGAUAUUGCCAUUUCUGCCCUUUUUACUCACUUCUCUGGGAGAAUUCUUUAGUUUGAAAAACUUCCAUUUGGCAGAAAAUAAUUACUCCUACUACCCUCAACCCUCUCAGUGACUUCACCUCUGCCUCUCAAGGUUUCUGGAACUUCCUUUGUUAUUUUUUUGUGGGAAUGUAAUGAUUAGUAGCUGGUAAAAUAAAUA